AUGGACAAUGAUCGCCAGGCUAGGCCGGUUGUUCAAGCAGCCAACAAAGCCAGGUCUGUCACUAGUGUGGGAUUGGGUGCUCAACACUUAAGUGACUUCUUUGAAGAGAACGAGACCGGAAAACGUUACAGACGAUGUGGUGAUCCUCCCAAGGAGAAGCCGUCAGAGAAGCCGAAGCCACCUAAAGCGGAUGACGCCGACGAUAAGCCUCCGAAGCCUCCUAGAGGACAAGAAGUGCGUGGAUGGGGUAUGGGUUGA